AUGGAUAAAAACAGAAUGAACGAGCUUGAAUUAGUGAUAGAAGAGUUGUUAGAAAAAGGGAGGGACACAUUGGAAAAAGAACAGAAUGUCGAAAAUAACAAUAAUAAUAAUGAGGAAAAAGAGUCGGUGCGCGAGGACGGAGCAGGCGAAAAGGAAGAGGGCGAGUUAGAUAUUGAAAACAGCGAGGAAGAGAAUAAUAAUAAUAAUAAGGGAGGAGGUCUAGGAAAUAUAAAAAGGGAUUAUUUGAAGGUUAUGCCAGAGAAGUUAGGGGAAGGAGAAUUAGAAUGGGAAAUGACAGAGAGAAAAAACAGAAAGAAAAACAUAUUUAUUAGGGGAGUAAGAACGGUAGAGGCUAGAAUAAAAGAGGAAAUUAAGGGAAUUAUAAAAGAAAAACUAGAGGCUAUUUAUAUCAAGAAAGUGAGAGCGAUAGGGGGUGGAUUAGUAGUAGAGUUAGAGUCUAUGGAAAAUAAAAUAGAAGCGAUGAGAAAGAGGGGCAUGUUAAAAGGGAUGAAUGUGUGGAUAGAAGAUGAUCUAACGGAAAGAGAAAAGGAGAUACAAAAUUGGCUAAAAAUGAUUGCAGAAGAGGAAAGGGGAAGGGGCCUAGAAACGCAGGUAUGA